AUGGCGUUAGAAUAUGAAAACGGUAGCUCGUAUGCUAAUGUAUCGAUUCAGGACCAUGAAAUUGGACGAACUAUUCGUUUUUGGUUAUUUCUUGGAUUUGAUCUACCCUCUGUUGUCUGCUCCAUUUUCGUCCUCUAUCACUUAUUACAUAAACAAGUCUUGCGUCAAGCGCUUUACAACCAUUCCUCCAUUCUCAUGCUGUCAUUCAAUCUCAUCUAUCAGUUAGUCGAUAUUCCGUGGCAUUUACAAUAUUUCUAUACAGGAAUCAUUCGUCCAGCUACGCCGAUCUUCUGUCUUAUAUGGUGGUUUAUCGAUUGGGGAUUCUUUUUCAUCAAUGUAUCAUUGCUUCUUUGGACAGUUAUUGAACGACACAUUCUUUUUUUUCAUACUACAUUAAUAGCUACAUGGCAGAAACGUCUAUUCAUUCACUAUCUUCCACUUGCAAUGAUUGUAUUGAUUAUUAUGGUUUUCUACAUCAUAGCAAUAUUCGUACCACCUUGCCAGAAUACCUAUGAUUACACACUAGAUCUGUGCGGCAUGUUUCCAUGUUAUGAAUCUGUACUUUUUUUUGCUACAGUUGAACAAAUUGGUUUUGCUUUUAUAGCAAUGUCACUCAUUGCAAUCUUCAGCAUAUCUCUACUUAUGCGUGUCAUUUGGCAAAAAUAUAAAAUGCACCGACAAAUUCAGUGGCGAAAACAAAGGAAAUUAACUCUGAACGUUAUUUGUAUGUCGUUAUUAUACUUAUUAUUUUGUUUUCCAGUGUCGACUAUUUAUCUAGCUCAAGAUUAUAGUGAUCCUGGUUUUGGCAAAGAACUGGAACCAAUACUAUUCUUUUUAUCAUAUUUUCCAGUUUUUUUACUACCAUUCAUAUGCCUUACCACUUUACCGCGAAUUUGGAGAGAAGUAAAACAUUUCGGUCGACUACAAACACAGAGAGUAGGAAUCAUCACUGUUCACCCAUAG